GCCCCGGGCCCUCCCCACGCCGCCACCGCACGUAGUGAGGGGCGUUGGGUAGAGGAGGCCGGCAUGGUGCGCUCGCUGAACUCCAUCGUGGCCGUGUGUCAGAACAUGGGCAUCGGGAAGGACGGCAACCUGCCCUGGCCCCCGCUGAGGAAUGAAUACAAGUACUUCCAGAGAAUGACCAGCACCUCCCAUGUGGAAGGUAAACAGAAUGCACUGAUAAUGGGUAAAAAAACCUGGUUCUCCAUUCCUGAGAAGAAUCGUCCCUUGAAAGACAGAAUUAAUAUAGUGCUCAGCAGGGAGCUCAAGGAAGCUCCAAAAGGAGCACAUUAUCUUUCUAAAAGCCUGGAUGAUGCCUUAGCUCUUUUGGACACACCGGAAUUAAAAGAUAAAGUAGACAUGGUUUGGAUUGUUGGAGGCACUUCAGUUUAUAAGGCAGCAAUGGAGAAGCCCAUUGAUCAUCGACUGUUUGUGACACGAAUUUUGCAUGAAUUUGAAAGCGACACAUUUUUUCCAGAAAUUGACUACAAAGACUUCAAACUUCUCACAGAAUACCCAGGUGUCCCUGCUGAUAUUCAGGAAGAGAAUGGCAUCCGGUACAAAUUCGAAGUGUAUCAAAAAUCUGUCUUGGCACAAUAAGAAGGUUUUCUUUAGUUCUGUAUGCAACCAGGCAUUUUAAAUUAUGAAAUCUUAUUGAUUGGAAAUACACAUUACAUACAUAUUACAUCACUGUGAGAAAAUCUCCUUGAUAGUGCAGUACCUCAACUGUGAAAGAUCCCAGAGAACACACCCCACGUUUUGAAUGUGUACCCUGCAGUAUGAGCAGCAUUUGCAGCUCCCACUCUGACAGUGAGAGACUACAAGGAGGGGUCCUUAUCUCUGUUGCAUUGAGAGCAACUGUUGUUUUUGCUUUUUUUUUUUUAAAUUAUAACCCAAAACUUUGCUGGUUGUUUCCCCAAAGUAUUUUUAAAGCAUCAUCUUAUGAAACAAGUUGGAGGAAAAUUAAUGUUGCCCUUAACUGUUGCACUAAGUCUCCAUUCUAACAUCAGCAAGGGUUGCAGUGGAUAACUACAAGUUUAUGCAAUUUAUGUCUGUUCAACAGGGCAUAACACUGGCCAGUUUUCUAUGAGAAGUUUAAAACUUCAUUUUGCGUGCUUUUGAAAAGCAGUAACCUGUAUUAAGAGAAAAACACAAGAAGGAUCAGCUUUGAACAGUUGUUGAAUUCCCCAUGGCAGUUCUACAGAAGUAAAACGAUGCAAAGAAUAAUUUUUAUUGUCUCAGUUUUUUCUAUGUUCCUUUUCAGAUUUAAAAAUGUAAGUACUUUGCUAUGCUGAUCUUCUUUGUCCAUAUGUGCUGACUUUUUAUAUCAAUCAAUAAAGAUUUAAAUAUCAAUAUUACAUGCUUGCAUCAAA